AUGGGUGUAGGAAACUCACCAUGUGCUUCAUGUAAGCUGCUGAGACGCCGUUGCGCCAAGGACUGCAUAUUUUCUCCUUACUUCCCUUGUGAUGAUCCUCACAAAUUUGCCAUUGUUCAUAAGGUCUUUGGCGCCAGCAAUAUCAGCAAAAUGUUACAGGAGGUUCCGGCGAAUGAAAGAGCGGAUGCAGUGAGCAGUUUAGUGUAUGAAGCAAAUGCAAGAAUGAGAGACCCUGUAUAUGGCUGUGUGGGUGCAAUAUCCUAUUUGCAGAACCAGGUCACCCAGUUGCAAAUGCAGCUAGCAAUGGCUCAAGCUGAAAUACUUUGCAUCCAAAUGCAAUCUGAGCCACCACAAGUAGCAGCAGCAGCAGCAGCAGCUUUUCCCAUGACACCAGCUAAUCAAUUAGUACCAAAUGAUCAUGACAUUGACAAAUCCUUUUUUCUCUCAGAUCAGUACCUCAACUUUGACUCUACCUCCCAUAAAUGUUGUAAUUCUCAAGAUGGACUCUUUCUUUGGAGAUAAUCAAAACAAAAUCUCACUUUUAGAUGCUGCUUCAUUAA